AUGAAUGUUCAGGGUAAAUGCAUGUUCCCGUUCAAGUACGAUGACUCCUAUUUCCACAGCUGCAUUCGCAUAAGGAGCAAACACAGGUGGUGCUCACUGAACUCAACUUACCAAGGCUACUGGAAAUACUGUUCUGAGGACGAUGUGGCCCCAUGUGCAUUUCCAUUCUGGUACCGACGAUUAAUCUACAGGUCAUGUACUGAAGACGGAGAUGCAUUUGGAAAAAAGUGGUGUUCCCUGACCAAAAAUUACAACAAGGACAGGAUAUGGAGAUAUUGUUAG